GGGUUUUGUUAGUGAGGGGGUAUAUAUGAAUAAGCAGCAUGGCGUCACAGUAUGCGAGAUGGCCUGUGACACGACUAAAACGCGUACUAUCAGAAAGAGGGGCAAUUACACGCGGCCGCAAGGAACAGCUUGUGGAAAGAUUAGAAGCCUAUGAUAGAACUUUCAAUUUUGUUCCUGAACCAAUUGUUCUGCCACAGCCAGAUGCUGUCGAUUGGCCACAGUCUGGUUUCCAGCAGUUGCAGUCUAUGCAUGUGCAUCUACUGCCGAAAAUCACUAAAGAGCAAAUUGAGCCUUAUUUCAUAUUUAGAUUGGCAGGGGACAAACAUGCUGCUUCUGAUGUGAAAGCCUUGGUAAAGGGUAGACUUAUAAAAGAUGCAGUAGAGUUUUGGCCUGUUCCAUUCUUAUGCAGGGAGGUCAAAUCUACUUUAGUGGUAUUGUUGCUGCAGCCAUGAAG